CAUAGUAAAGUGAAAAGUGUGACCGAGAGAGGGUGACCUACUGCCAGCCUAUGCUUCUGCAUUCUGCUCCUUAUCUGUCUCUCUUAUACACACAUACACAGGCGCUAAAUCACUCAAAUACUUCACCUCUUCUGCCAUCUCUCACCUGUUGUUGAGUAAAUGUCGUUAUUCUUCAAUUUCAAUGGCGUUAUUCUUCUGCACUAAGUAUAGGAUGGCAAUAGUUGCUGAUUGACUUCUUUGUUGACCAUCUAAGCACCAUGAAAUUUGUACCAAAGAAGGGAUUGAAGUCAAUUGUAUCACUAUAUUUAAAAGGAAAAACAGCCCGCCCAUUUAAUUUAUUUCCAAAAGUGAAAGCGGAUUAUGGGGCUGGCAAUACACCCGUUUAUCUCAAUGUGUAUGACUUGACACCGAUGAACGGCUAUGCAUACUGGGCUGGCUUUGGUAUCUUUCAUUCCGGUGUUGAAGUUCAUGGUGUAGAAUACGCAUUUGGUGCUCACGACUAUUCCUCAAGCGGUGUAUUUGAGGUUGAACCUCGGCAAUGCCCAGGGUUCAAAUUUAGGAGGUCCAUAUUAAUCGGGAAUACGUCUAUGAACCCUGCCCAGGUCAGAGAGUUCAUGAAGCAUCAUGUAGCAAACUACAAUGGUGAUACAUAUCACCUAAUCGUCAAGAACUGUAAUCAUUUCUGCAACGAUAUCUGCUACAAGUUAACCGGCAAAUCCAUCCCAAAAUGGGUUAAUCGGAUGGCUAAACUCGGUUCAAUGUUUAGCUGUGUUUUACCAGAUGCUCUUCGGCUUCCUGCUGAUAAUCCUCGAAACCUACUGCCUGAGAGUGAGAGUGAGAGUGAGAGUGAGAAACGAAGACUUAGAAGUAACAGUUUUAGUUGUCUCUCAUCAAUCUCAUCAAGGCAGAGACAAUUGUCGACAUCUUCGUUGCUUCUGCAGUCUCCGUUAAAAAGCUGCUUACCAUCCUCAGAGUUGAAACGGUCUAGAAGUCGUGUCCUAAAUGAUAGGUAACGGAUGAUGAAGUUCACUGCUUAAUUUCAUCUUGGUUUGUUGUCCUUUGUUUUUUACCUAAACAAGAUGUAACUGUAAUCACAAAUUUGAAAUUUAAAAUGUAACCUAAAAUAACUGUAAACAUUUCUAAUUUUACUUUAUAUUGGAACUGAAAUAAUAAAAGAUCUUGGAAGGUUGGGAAGUG